AUGAUCGACAAAGGAGAGAAAACCUACACAUGCAAUCAGUGUGGCAGAGGUUUCUGUGAUGACGCCUCCAGUCUUGAACUUCAUCAGAAAUCACACAUCGGGGAGAAGCUCCAUAUGUGUGGUGAGUGUGGAAAGGGCUUCGGUUAUAGCUCAGUUCUUCCCAUUCAUCAGAGUGUUCGUGCAGGAGAGAAACACUGUAAGUGUAAUGAGUGUAAGGGCCUCAGUCAGAGUUCGUAUCUUCACACACAUCAGGGAUUCCAUACAGGGGAAAAGCCCUACACGUGUCAUGAGUACGGCAAGAGCUUUGAUCAGAGUUCCUCUUUUCAUGCUUAUCAGCUAAUACGUACAGAAGAGAAGCCUUUCAGGUGUGAGAGUUGUGGGAAGAGUUUCAGUCGUAGCUCUGAUCUUAACAUCCAUUGUCAAAUCCACAGUGGAGAGAAAUGCUAUACAUACAAGGAGUAUGGGAAGGACUUCAGGCAGAGCUUACAUUAUCAAGCUGAUCUAAGGGUCCACACAGGAGAGAAACCAUUUAAAUGUGAGGAUUAUGGAAAAGGCUUCAGUGGAAGAUCAUCAAGUCUCCAUGUCCAUCAGAGAGUUCACACAGUUGAGAGACCUUAUAAGUGUGAGGAAUGUGGGAAGAGUUUUAAUUGGAGCUCACAUCUUUACGUUCAUAGGAGGAUCCACACAGGAGAAAAACCCUAUAAAUGUAAGGACUGUGAUAAGGGCUUCAGUCAGACUUCACAUCUUCAAGCCCACCAGAGAAUGCAUAGCGGAGAGAAACCAUACAAAUGUAAUAUAUGUGCUAAGGGCUUCAGUCGGAGUUCCUAUCUUCGGGUUCAUCAGCGAAUCCAUACUGGAGAGAAACCAUUUAAGUGCAUGGCUUGUGGUAAGGGCUUCCGGCAGCGCUCCUAUCUUCACACACAUCAGAGAGUUCACAUGGUAGAGAAACCCUACAAAUGCCAUGACUGUGGUAAGGGUUUUUGUCAGACUAGUCUCCGUAUCCAUCAGAGAAUUCACACAGUUGAGAAACCUUACAAGUGUGAAGAAUGUGGGAAGAGCUUUAAUUGGACCUCACAUCUUUAUGUCCAUAGGAGGGUCCACACAGGAGAAAAACCCUAUAAAUGUAAGGAAUGCGGUAAGGGCUUCAGUCAGACUUCACAUCUUCAAGCUCAUCGGCGAAUCCAUACCGGAGAGAAACCAUAUAAAUGUAACAUAUGUGCUAAGGGCUUCAGUCGGAGUUCAUAUCUUCUGGUUCAUCAGCGAAUUCAUACUGGAGAGAAGCCAUUUAAAUGUGUGGUAUGUGGUAAGAGCUUCAGUCAGCGCCCUUAUCUUCACGCACACCAGAGAAUUCACACAGUAGAGAAACCAUCAGCUCGCAAUAGCAGAUCAUGA